GCAGGUCCCCUCCAUUGUACGUCAGUCGACUCAGUCGCUCGCAGUCAGUCGGCUCGUGUUGUCGACGGGGGGUUGUCGCGCGCACGUUUCGAGCGUUUCGCGUGUCGCGCACGCGUGCGUGUGUGUGUGUGCGUGCGUGGCGUGCGUGGCGUGCGCGUGUGUCGUCGCGCCUCCUACAUGCUCCGGUCGCGUCGUCGACGUCCUCUCGGCUCUCGCGAUCUCGCACGGUAAACGGCGGGCCACGGCCCGCGAAAACGAGGCGCACGCACGGCCGCGACGCCGAACUGCCCCCGUCGCGUCGCGCCCGCGGUACUCCCUCACGAUUCAAUAAUGAGGGACAUGGCAGGUAAGAUCGCCGAGUUGAAGUUCGAGGCACCCCUCGCGCGCUUCGAGGAGGAGGACACCGCCAGUCUCAAGAACAUGAACCUCCUGACAGAACAAUUAUUGGACGCCAGCCUGGACGCGAGUUUCGGCGAGAACUGUAACAACGCGAACGAGCCGCCCGCGACGCACGAGAGCGGCACCGACAUCCUCCAGGAAGGGACGUUCAGCCCGUUCAGCGGCAGCCUCGAGGACCUCGUCAACACCUUCGACGAGAAGAUCACGUCCUGCUUCCGCGAUUAUGGCACCGACGUGGAGUCGUUGGCCCCGGUGCAGGUGCGAACGCAGGAGGAGAUCAUGAACGAGUGCCAGAUGUGGUGGACGAUUACCGGAACCUUCGGGAAUAUAUUACCCAUCGAUUGGAGCAAAUCCUACGCGCGGAAGAUGCACAUGCCCGCUUUAAAUCUAAACGAAGCACCGGCUUCGACGGAGAGACCCGAGCUAGAGGAUUUGAGUAGCGAAGACGAGGCAGUUGCCACAGAUUUGGACAUGCAUGCUUUAAUCUUAUCCAGCAGUACCGAUACUCACAGUCCGGAAGAGCCGCUGAAGACCGCUGAGGAAGUUCUUCGAGAGAUAGAUGACAUAAUGCAGGAAAGUCCGUCAAUGGAGAGAUCGCCGGAUUCAGAAGGUUCUUUAUUGGACAGCGAUGAGGCUUUGGAAAGAAGUAGAGAAGUACUUGGAUCGCCACUUCACGAGAAGAAAUUAAAGCAACUUUCCUCCAGUCAACUGACCGAACUUUUUGGAGAAAUGGAGUCCUUGGUUGCGGCUUUGAGCGAAACAUUGAUCGCCGAGCUUGCGCUUCGGGACGAAUUAGAAUACGAAAAGGAACUAAAAAAUCAGUUUAUCUCUUUACUGUUGGCUGUACAAAAUCGACGUAGGCAGCAUCACGUUACGAAGAAGAGAAGUCAAAUGCAGAAUGGUACUAGUCCGUUGCCGCAACAUAGGUCUUUGCAAGAGCCGAAGUACCUGACGACCGUUAUUCCAUAUCAUACAGACAGUGGUCCGCCAGACAAUCAAGCCUUGCAAGUACUUAUCAAAAUAUUAAAGGCCAUUAGCGAGGAUAGCCCGACAGUACCUACUUUGCUAACAGAUUACAUACUCAAAGUGUUAUGUCCGACUUAAAAGAAUACGUGGAAAAAAAAA